CGGACACCGACGCGUCUCGGGUUGGGCAGGGAAGGGGCAGGGGCCUGGCCUUGCCCUCGCGCCUUCCCCGCUCGCGCCCCCGGCUCCGCUGGAGAGACCCCAGCGCGCGUGCGGCGCGGGGCCGCGUGACGCGCACCUGUGGAGCGGGAGGAGGAUGCGCGGGGCCCGCGCCCGGCCCGCGCCCGGCCCGCAGCGCCGCACGGCCCGCGCCGCCCGCAGCGUUCCCCGGAGAAGCGGCCGGCUCUGACGGGCGAGAUGAAGCACCCAGGCUUUUGGAAGAUGCUCACGGUGGCAGUGUGCAUGGCCCUUCUGGGCUGCCUGCAGGCCCAGGAGCUCCAGGGACAUGUCUCCAUAAUCCUGCUGGGGGCAACUGGGGACCUCGCCAAAAAAUACUUGUGGCAGGGACUAUUCCAGCUCUACCUGGAUGAGGCAGGGAAGGGCCACAGUUUCAGCUUCCAUGGGAGUGCUCUGACGACCAGCAAGAAGGGCCAAGAGUUCAUGGCCAGGGUCCUGGAGUCCCUCUCCUGCCCCAAGGACAUGGCACCCGGUCGCUGUGCUGAGCUCAAGGAUCAGUUCCAGCAGCUGAGCCAGUACCGCCAGCUGAAGACGAGUGAGGACUAUUUGGCUCUGAACAAGGACAUUGAGGCACAGGUCCAACAUGAAGGCCUCCGGGAGGCUGGCAGGAUUUUCUACUUCUCGGUGCCGCCCUUCGCCUACGCAGACAUUGCCCGCAACAUCAACAGCAGCUGCCGUCCAGGCCCAGGCGCCUGGCUGCGGGUUGUCCUUGAGAAACCCUUUGGCCAUGACCACCUCUCAGCCCAGCAGCUGGCCACAGAACUUGGUAGCUUUUUCCAAGAGGAGGAGAUGUACCGGGUGGACCAUUACCUGGGCAAGCAGGCUGUGGCUCAGAUCCUGCCUUUCCGAGACCAGAACCGCAAGGCCUUGGACGGCCUCUGGAACCGGCACCACGUGGAGCGGGUGGAGAUCAUCAUGAAAGAGACGGUAGAUGCAGAAGGUCGCACUAGCUUCUAUGAGAAGUACGGCGUCAUUCGCGACGUCCUGCAGAACCACCUGACGGAGAUCCUCACCCUCGUGGCCAUGGAGCUGCCCCGCAACAUCAGCAGCUCGGAGGCUGUGCUGCAGCACAAGCUUCAGGCCUUCCAGGCCCUGCGGGGCCUGCAGAAGGGCAGCGCUGUCUUGGGCCAGUACGAGGCUUACAGCGAGCAGGUGCGCAGAGAGCUGCAGAAGCCAGACAGCUUCCACAGCCUGACGCCAACCUUUGCAGGCAUCCUCGUUCACAUGGACAACCUUCGUUGGGAGGGCGUCCCUUUCAUCCUGAUGUCCGGCAAAGCCUUGGAUGAGAGAGUGGGCUACGUUCGGCUCUUGUUCAAGAACCGGGCGUAUUGUGCCCAGAGUGAGAAGUACUGGGUCACAGACCAGAGCCAGUGCCUGCCUCGGCAGAUCGUCUUCUACAUCGGACACGGCGAGCUGGGCAGCCCUGCCGUGCUGGUCAGCAGGAACCUGUUCAGGCCCUCCCUCCCCUCCGAGAGCUGGAAGGAAGUGGAGGGCCAGCCCGGGCUCCGCCUUUUUGGCCGCCCUCUGUCCGAUUACUAUGCCUACAGCCCUGUGAGGGAGCAGGACGCCUACUCCAUCCUCAUAUCUCAUAUCUUCCACUGCCGCAAGGAUUCCUUUAUCACCACGGAGAACUUGCUGGCCUCCUGGGUCUUCUGGACUCCCUUGCUGGACAGCCUGGCCCACGAAGUCCCACGCCUCUACCCGGGAGGAGCUGAGAAUGGACACCUGUUGGACUUUGAGUUCAGUGGCAACCAAUUAUCCUUUUCCCAGCAGCAGCUGGAGCAGCUGGUGCCAGGACCAGGUUCUGUGCCGAUGCCCAGUGACUUCCAGGUUCUCAGGGCCAAGUACCGAGAGAGCCCACUGAUCUCGGCCUGGCCCGAGGAGCUGAUCGCUAAGCUGGCCAACGACAUUGAGGCCACAGCUGUGCAGGCAGUGCGGCGCUUUGGCAAGUUCCACCUGGCACUCUCGGGUGGCUCAAGCCCCAUAGCCCUGUUCCAGCAGCUGGCCAUGGGGCACUACGGCUUCCCCUGGCCCCACACGCACCUGUGGCUGGUAGAUGAACGCUGUGUCCCGCUCUGGGAUCCCGAGUCAAACUUCCAGGGCCUGCAGGCUCACCUGCUGCAGCACGUCAGGGUCCCCUACUACAACAUCCACCCCAUGCCCGUGCACCUGCACCAGCGGCUCUGCGCUGAGGAGGACCAGGGCGCCCAGCUCUAUGCCAAGGAUAUCUCAGCCCUGGUGACCAACAGCAGCUUCGACCUGGUGCUACUGGGCAUGGGCACCGAUGGGCACACAGCCUCUCUCUUCCCACAGUCGCCCACCGGCCUGGACGGCGAGCAGCUAGUGGUGCUGACCAAGAGCCCCUUCAGGCCGUACGAUCGCAUGAGCCUCAGCCUGCCCCUCAUCAACCGUGCCAGGAAGGUGGCGGUCCUGGUCAUGGGCAGGAUGAAGCGUGAGAUCACCAUGCUGGUGAGCCGCGUGGGCCAUGAGCCCAAGAAGUGGCCCAUCUCUGGCGUCCUGCCUAUGUCUGGCCAGCUGGUGUGGUACAUGGACUACGAGGCAUUUCUGGGAUGAGGGCACCGUCACCCUUUGCUCACCCCGUGCCUUCUUUUACCUGUCCUCUCCCUCCAUUCUUAGUCCUGCCACCUGCUCGAAAGCCCUGGCUCUCUGGAAUCUGAUGCCUCAGGGUCAGGGCCCCAGACAGGGAAAGCAGAG